CUCUGUCUUAUCACCUCAAAUCACAAGUCUCUCUCUCACACACACAUCUUUGAAACCCUAAUUUCUCCCCUUUAGUAAAGUAAUGUCUACAGACGUUGAGUACCGGUGUUUCGUCGGCGGCCUUGCCUGGGCCACCGCAGAUGCGGAUCUAGAAAGGACCUUCUCACAGUUCGGCGAAGUUAUCGAUUCUAAGAUCAUUAACGAUCGCGAGACUGGAAGAUCAAGGGGAUUCGGAUUCGUCACCUUCAAGGACGAGAAAUCCAUGAGGGAUGCCAUUGAAGAGAUGAAUGGCAAAGAGCUCGAUGGCCGUAGCAUCACCGUGAACGAGGCUCAGUCAAGAGGAAGCGGCGGUGGAGGAGGCCGUGGUGGUGGUGGUGGUUACCGUGGCGGCGGUGGAGGUGGAUACGGAGGAGGCGGUGGUGGAUACGGAGGUGGCGGUGGUGGUUACGAAAGACGUAGCGGAGGUUAUGGAUCUGGUGGAGGCGGCCGUGGUGGAGGCGGAUACGGUGGAGGUGGCCGCCGGGAAGGUGGUUACGGAGGAGGUGAUGGUGGUUACGGUGGAAGCGGUGGCGGUGGCUGGUAAUCGAAGAUGAAUCGAUUCUGUGCUGCUCUGUUUUCGGUUUAGAUUUGGUUUCGCAUCCUUUGUCCCUCCGGUUUGGUUCUGGUUCUGGUUAUUGUGGUUUACUUUUUUGAUGUAACAGAUCGUUUAAAGUCUUCUUUGCCUAAAACGAAAUGUUUAUUCGCGUGUUCACUAAAUUAUAAGCUUUCCAAAAGCAGAUUUGAUAUUCUC